AUUAUCCCACACUGCCCAGUAUCUGGAUAGUGUGAAAGCAAAGACUUGGGGAGCAUGACUGCUAGAACUCUGAAGAAAGGAUAUGGCUGCAUCUUCUGCCCUUUGCAGUCACCUGGAGUAGGCUGCCACUGGCCACGCCCAGCAGGAGGGUGAAGCCGUGGGUCUGAGGUGCCCAGGCCCUCCCUGGGAGGACAGCAGCAGCGCUGAGGGGAGGGGAGCUCCAGCGCCAGAGCUAGCCCUCACACCCUUCAGCCCAUCCUGACUGUGGCCCUCUGCUCUAAGAGGGGCCUCAACGCAGCCUGGGUUCUUCUUUACAGACUGAAUAAUUUAGGCCCCAGCAACCUGAGGUGUCAGUUUCAGUUGUUCUCAAGGCACAGGUGUCCCAGCAGGGUAAUUAAGCUAAGAACAGGCAGAUGGGGAGGGGCCACUGUCCUGCACUUCAGCACUGGGCCUGAGUCCCCUGCUUCUUGACCUACUGAGAGCGGCAGGCUCUCUCUUAGCUUCGGAACCAGGCGUGGAGGACAAGAGUCAGGGGCCUGAAACAGAAGGAGCAAGGAAGAGCAGAAAGAGGCAGACAGAGGAAGGUGAGAACCCAGAGGUAGAGAAACCAAGUGGUUACAGAGGGAAAGAUAGAUGGGACUAGAGAUAGAGGGUAAUGGGCAUUGGAAAGGGCAGCGGCCAAGGCUGGAGGAUGAAUGGACUGGCAGAGGAGAAGCAGCAGAUGCCAAAAACCAAAUACGAAGAUCAACAAGCAGGUGCAAACUAGGGUCAGACAACCAGAGGGCAAUGGGGCUCCCAGAGAGUGGCCGGGCCAGGCCUGGGAAUGAUCUCAGCGUUUCCAGUUUCCAGGUCCUGUCCACACUGACCGGUCAACUAGGUCUGACACCGUCCUAGGUCUGGCCCCGAGACCGGCCCCACCUCUGGCUGUGGUGGAACCAUGGGGCCCAGAAGCUGCCACCUCUACCUCGGCCUUCUGCUCCUGCUCCUACUUCCUACAGAGUGCUUUGCAGCUGAGGGCAGGCUGGCGCACAAGCUGUUCCGUGAUCUCUUUGCCAACUACACAAGUGCCCUGAGACCUGUGGCUGACACAGACCAGACUCUGAAUGUAACCCUGGAGGUGACACUGUCGCAGAUCAUCGACAUGGAUGAGCGGAACCAGGUGCUGACCCUGUACCUGUGGAUCCGGCAGGAAUGGACAGACGCCUACCUACGAUGGGACCCUGAUGCCUAUGGUGGCCUGGAUGCCAUCCGCAUCCCCAGCAGUCUGGUGUGGCGGCCGGACAUUGUUCUCUACAACAAGGCGGACGCGCAGCCGCCGGCCUCAGCCAGCACCAACGUGGUUUUGCGGCACGACGGCGCGGUGCGUUGGGACGCGCCGGCCAUCACACGCAGCUCGUGCCGCGUGGACGUGUCGGCCUUCCCGUUCGACGCGCAGCGCUGCGGCCUCACCUUCGGUUCGUGGACACACGGCGGUCACCAGCUGGACGUGAGGCCGCGCGGCACCGCCGCCAGCCUGGCUGACUUCGUGGAGAACGUGGAGUGGCGCGUGCUGGGCUUCCCCGCGCGGCGGCGCGUGCUCACCUACGGCUGCUGCUCCGAGCCCUACCCCGACGUGACCUUCACGCUGCUCCUGCGUCGCCGCGCCGCCGCCUACGUCUGCAACCUGCUGUUGCCCUGCGUGCUCAUCUCGCUGCUCGCGCCGCUCGCCUUCCACCUGCCCGCGGACUCUGGCGAGAAGGUGUCGCUCGGCGUCACGGUGCUGCUGGCGCUCACAGUCUUCCAGCUGCUGCUAGCCGAGAGCAUGCCGCCGGCCGAGAGCGUGCCGCUGAUCGGGAAGUACUACAUGGCCACCAUGACCAUGGUCACUUUCUCAACAGCACUGACCAUCCUUAUCAUGAACCUGCAUUACUGUGGUCCCAGUGCCCGUCCAGUGCCAGCCUGGGCUCGGGCCCUCCUGCUGGGACACCUGGCAAAGGGCCUGUGUGUGCGGGAACGAGGGGAACCCUGUGGGCAAUCCAGGCCACCGGAGCCAGCCCCCAGCCCCCAGCCUCCUGCUGGCCCCCCAGCAGGCCCUUGUCAUGACCCACGGUGUCUGUGCCACCAGGAAGCCCUGCUGCACCAUGUGGCCACCAUUGCCAGCACCUUCCGCAGUCACCGGGCUGCCCAGCGCCGCCAUGAGGACUGGAAGCGUGUAGCCCGCGUGAUGGACCGCUUCUUCCUGGGCAUCUUCUUUUCCAUGGCCCUGGUGAUGAGCCUGCUGGUGCUGGUACAGGCCCUGUGAGGGGCAGGGGCCAGGUACUGGGGAGCUGCUGCGGCCACUGCACCUCCCAGCAGGGGUGGCAAAGACCAGGCAGUGCUUGGUCCUCACAGAGGCUAGCCAGGAGCUCCCCAGAAGGGCACCUUUCUGCAAGACCACUGAAGGACUACUGAUUUCACAGUCCACAGGGUCUCCUUGGCCUCUGCUGUCCUAACUACUCCCCUGAUUCCUAAAAGAGGAGGAACUCUCGGGAGCAUCCAUGCUCUUUGUUAGAGCUCUUGGGGAAGUACAGUUUCGGUACAAGAAACAGAGCCGCUGCAUUUCCUGCCUCGCUAGGGAACUGUUAUCACAAGGACUUAGCCUUGCCAUCCUUGCCUAAGGGCUCAGGGAAGGAAAUUCAUGUUUCCAAAGCAGGAGGCCUAACAGACAUUCAGCUCCAGAGCCUUCACCUGUAAUAAAGUGUGCACCUGGCCCCCCUGAUAUCCCAUCUUUCCCUUGAGUCCCAUGGUAGUAGAAGUCAAGGAUCCAAGUUUGUCUAC